AAGGAGAUAAAUCUCGGCAUAUAUAUACUAGUCUCUCUCCAUCUCUCUCUCGAUCUCUCUCCCUGAUACAACGGACUUUGUGUAUUUCUUCAAAUUCUAUAUCCUGUAUAAUUUGAUCGCUGAUCGCUUAUAAUCGAAUCAAUUCAAUUCACGCAAAGAUAAAUACCGGAGUUAUAUUUUAAUUGAAUAGGAAAUCUGGUGAAGACAUUUAUUAGGUGAGGUGAAGAUGAGGAUGAUGUUUGGUGAGUUGACGACGACGGCGGGGAUGUCGCCGCCGCCUCCUCCGCCUGAGUCACCGUCGUCCGCCUCCGCCGGCGUCUUCGGGAAUUAUGCUCUCAUCUCCGCUCUUCUAGCCUUCGCCCUCGCUCAAUUCUUCAAGCUAUUCACCUCUUGGUACAAAGAGAAACGAUGGGAUCUGAAGCAACUUGUUGGAUCUGGCGGGAUGCCAUCAUCCCAUUCGGCAACUGUAGCUGCUCUUGCUGCAGCUGUUGGAUACCAUGAUGGUGCCGAGGGAUCUUUAUUUGCAGUUGCAUUGGUUCUAGCAUGUGUCGUGAUGUAUGAUGCAACUGGUAUUAGAUUACAAGCAGGACGCCAAGCUGAGGUGCUAAAUCAAAUUGUAUAUGAACUUCCGGCGGAGCAUCCUUUGGCUGAGAGCAGGCCUCUGCGUGAGCUUCUAGGCCACACCCCUCCUCAGGUUAUUGCUGGUGGUUUGCUGGGUAUAAUCACCGCAACAUUUGUUCAUUUGUUGACAAGCUUGUAGUCGAGUUUUGAACCUUUUCAAGUCGUCUUUAUCCUGUGGGUUUGGAAUUGUGCUAGUAUGUUGUAAAUUUGACAUUUAAGUGAUGUCUGUGUAUGUGAAGACACUGUCCCAAGUUAGUUAGCAUAGAGCAGUGUUCAAUUUUUCACAAACUCAAAUUUGUCUUGUACUUAUUAGUUGCAUGACCGCAGUAUAGAAAUUUUAAUGAAAUAUUCAUUCAUUUGGCA